CCGCGUCCGGCAGUGUUUCUACGGAUGCAAACAAAGCCGCGCGUGCUGUUGCUGGGGCGCUUUCGCCACUGUUCUGUGAGCCAUCCACCGCGGACGGCACAACAUGGCGAUGUGUUGACGGAGAGAGCGGGCCAGCGUCGUUGGUGUCGUCGAACCUUCGGCCGUGACGGAGGGAAAAGCCCGCUUGGCCGUGCCGUAGCGUUACACAAAGGAAUCAUCGCGCUCCCGGAGCCCGCGUGGGGGGUCGAUGCGUGCCAGGUUGACCGAGUUUCGGCGUGCCAUGAACUUCCCGAGCAAAGCCAAGGCGACGACGACAACAAAGCCUCCUCUGACGAGCGAACAAACCGUCGUCUCCACCACGAAUGGCGAUGUUGCGAGCGACGGUGACUACAAUGCCGAGGUCGCUCUCAUCGACAGGCGGCUGCCCCGAGAGCUGCUCCUCAAGAUCUUCUCCUUUCUCGACGUCGUCUCGCUCUGCAGAUGCGCCCAGGUCUCCAAAGCGUGGAACGUGUUGGCGCUGGACGGCAGCAAUUGGCAGUCCAUCGACCUGUUCGAGUUUCAGCGCGACAUCGAGGGCCCCGUCGUGCAGAACAUCGCGACCCGCUGCGGCGGCUUUCUCCGUCGGCUCGGACUUCGGGGAUGCCAGAGUGUCGGCGACGCGGCGAUGCAGGCCUUCGCCGCGCGCUGUCGAAACAUCGAGGCUCUCUCGCUGAACGGUUGCCGACGCGUGACGGACGUCACGUGCGAAAGCGUCGGCGCCCACUGCUCGCGUCUCGUCGACCUGGACAUUGGCUCGUGCGCCCAGCUGACGGACCGGUCGCUGAGGGCCAUCGCGACCGGUUGCCGCAACCUGGAGCGCCUGGACGUCUCCUGGUCGCAGCAAGUGACGCCCGACGGUUUCGUCCGCAUCGCGCGCGGUUGCCCUCGGUUGCUGUCCCUCAUAGCCAAGGGGUGCCCCGGACUGGACGACGUCGCGUGCCGGGCUCUAGCCGAGGGCUGCCCGCGCCUACGCGCUGUGGGCUUCAACGAGUGCGUCGCCGUGACGGACGCCGGAGUGGCGGCGAUCGCGUCGCGCUGCGCGGACCUGGCGUACGUCGGUCUCUCCAACUGCGGCCAGAUCUCGGACGCCUCGCUGCUGGCUCUGGCGCAGCACUGCCGGUCUCUGAGGACACUCGAGGUUGCCGGCUGCUCCCGGCUCACCGACGUGGGCUUCCAGGCGCUGGCGCGCAACUGUACCUCGCUCGAGCGCAUGGACCUCGAAGAGUGCGUCCACAUCACCGACCUCACCCUCGUCGCUCUGGCCGGGUUCUGCCCGCAGCUCGAAAAGCUCAGCCUGUCGCACUGCGAGCAGUUGACCGACGAAGGCAUACGCCACCUCUCUAUCGGCUUGGAGAAGCUCGCUCUUCUGGAGCUCGACAACUGCCCUCUGGUCUCGGAGGCCUCGCUCGAGUAUCUGUCCCGCUGCCCGGCGCUGCGGCGCGUCGACCUCUACGACUGCCAACUGAUCACGCGCGAGGCCGUGGGCAAGUUCAACGCGCGGAUGCCCCAGCUCCGCAUUCACACCUACUUUCCGCCGCUGCCGCCUCAGCCGCCCAGAAACGACGACGCUCACGGCGAUGUCGAUGGCGGUGCGGCGCAGCCGUUGCGCGGUCGCGUUGGGACGCAGCCGCGUCACUGCCGCUGUUGCGUGAUUCUCUGAGACUUCUUCUCACACAUUAACUGUUUUUGUGUCUUGUUCUUUUUUGAAACUAUUUGUUGUUGCCGUGUGGCGUGUCUCACACGAUCCACAUAGUUUUGAAACAAGGCGGUCCUGUUUCACAUCCCCCUUGCUCGCACGACUACCUUAUUUGUCACGUGUUUAUUGAGAUGAACGAGAGUUGAGCAAUGAAACCUUUUUUUUUCAUAAUCCAUGAGUGUGCUUCCCUGCAUUGCAAGUUCGCCCAACUAAUGGCAGCAUGUUUCACUGGUUAUAGUAGAAAGUCCCAAUUGCACCUAUUGGGACUUAUGUGUUACAUGCAUCUACAUAAAAAAGAGCCAAGUUUACAUUUUCCACGCCAUAGCUUAAGCAAACUGCAUUUGCACAUGCUGUUUGCAAAAGUGACUAGCCGCCAUUAAUUGGGCUAGCUGCAUUGCAGAAAGGCUUGCCUUAAAAAGGUCUUGAAAAGGACUGUCCAAACUGUGCCGUCAGCCAACGACAGAAAUAAGAGGUUCCAGGACGUUUACCUUUUUUUUUUUUUUGAGGUCUCAUUGAUUCAUUGUGUAGGUAGGUCGCACAGUUUUCAUAUCACUAGUGUUAUACUCCUAACUAAGGCACUCACCUCCCCUCUCUGUUGAUGUAAAAUGCACCCACGAAUCGAUGCUAGUUUGUGAUGAAAGCAGUGGAUUCUGGGUAUACCUACUGCAGUGGUUUAAUGUGAGGCUUGAAAUGCUAUCAGCACUGGUGUAGAAGCUAUAAAAAAACGGAGGAAAAAAAGCCACAUCCCUGGCUUUAGUAUGGUGUAGGUCAGAACUGGAAGCAUUUGUGCAUGUGUCACGAUUUACAGUGAUGGUGGCAUUGCAGUUUUUGGUUUGUUCUACCUGUGUGGUCUGCUUGCCCCCCAGCUUAGUUGGAUGCUGACUCACGGUCACUAUAGGAAACCCACCAUUAGUUAGCACUUGUAUUGACCACAGGACAAUGGUCGCUUGGUGCAACACGAUUAACAAAUAGUAGCUAUGUACAGUCGUGCUCAAUAUGACCUGCAACACAGGAGCAUGUGGCCUCACCACUUGAAGCCAUGUACAGCCUUCGAACUCAUGAGGCCACGCAUUCCCAUGUUGCAAGUCAUAUUAAGUGUGCCUGUACACUGAGUCUUGCGUUUGAAACGUUAGUGGGUGCAUGCAAUUCAAAUGUCACGUUGAUUGCUGUAUCCUCGUGUAUUUGGACUUUGUUGUUUGAACUGGAGGGGUAGUUGGGAGUUGUUAGUUUGCCUUGCCGCAUUCGAGUCUUGAAUUCAGAGCUUCUUCACAAAUAUACUUGUUAUUGAUAUACUAGACUGCAUGUACCUGUUUGGCUUUCCACCUUUUGAGUGCCCUGUCAUCACUGUUGCUACGUCAUAGAGUUUUCUGUUUGUGGUAAUAUGUUGGUCGUGCACAUGCUGUGAUUUAAUAGCUUGAAGCUUGCUUCUUUGAACGAAAGUGUUGAUGUUUCCCCAGGUUUAUAUCUACUGCUUGCUUUUUUAUUUGCAAUGCUUUUCCCUUUUACCUGUAAUAGUUGUUUAAUUUUUUACUGUACUAGGUGCGCUGCUUUCAUUGUUACGUAGGUGCAACUAUAGUGAUGACUAACUAGUAUGUGUGUAGUGUGCUUCGUUGUCAGUGCUUAGACCAAAGCUUUUUUAUAAGACUUGGUGGCAUUCUGCUUAUGUUCAUGACUUCCGUUUAUAUUAGCGAGUUAUGCAAACCCAUUGUUUAGCAAACAUGUUGUUUAACCCCCCUAAUAUGCAAGACCAUGAUAGACUUGGAAAGUGUACUAACCGGCCUUUGCUAACCUCGUCAGUGUGUGGAGUGUCUCGUUGAAUAUGAUACGUGACAGCAAGCAUUUGUCGAUGCGACUUUUUAACUGGCUGAUUGUCAUUUGUAGUGAGUGCUUGUAAGAAAAUUUCAAUAAGUGUCCUUAAUACCCACUUGCACAGUGUAGUAGUCGAUGCUGCAUAAGCUAUCAUGUUUAUAUAGGUAUACACAGCAUCUCACCGUAUUUUUUUUUACUAAUAGGUUUUUUAUGAAGUGACUUUGUUUCCCGUUUCUCUUUUACGCUCAUCAUCACCGCCGCUGCGGGCCUCACCUUACUUGUGCUUUACCGUGUGCGUAGCUUAUCAGUUUGUCACUGCUGUGUUAGUGUAGGCACAUCAAAGCCCUGUGGGGUCUCUCUGUGGACGCACUAUUUGUCAACACAUUUUAACGAAGUACGCCGUUAUCAUCGUGAACACCAGCUGUUUCUCUCAAAAGACGUCUCGGACUCUUGUAAAUGUUUGAGUCAUUCUGUCUGUUUUGUUGCCACGUCUUUGCAUUGUCCACGUUUUUCAAAAAUGAAUUUUAAAAUCUGGUUUUCUGGUUGUGGGCCACACAAAUGUAUGGGGCUGGUUUGAAAGCA